CGCGUAACAGUAUCCAUUCUCCCCAAUCCCCCAGUCUCAGCGGUGUGAUGGAUAAAGCCUCUCCGACCACAGACAAUCUCUGCCGGUAUCAAUGCAUCUGUGUCCCUACCGACACCAUCUGGGAGAUGCCAUGAGAUGUCAGCUGGGUUAUUUCUCACGCCGUCUCAGUACAGGUGAGAGUGUGGAAACAAGGGACGACGGAAAAGAAGGAUAACAUGAGAGUUCGGUUAUAGCGCGAAUUGACUACAAGCUGCUGGAGCGAACAGGGCAAAGGAUUUGUGCUGUCGAAGUUUACGCAUCGGGCAACGGUGUAAUACAUUAUUCUAGUUAGUGCACCAUUGACCAUCACACCGAAAGUGUUUUAGUGAAUAUCCCAAUCACAGGUUUGUGAAAUACCAGGAUACGGGCUUAUCUGACAGGGGACUGUGAGGUGCUGCAUCCACUUCUGACCUACAGGAUGCCAUCCUCCUGGUGCUGAUUUACACAGGAGAUCCAACCAGAUGAGGUUUUGAGGCCGCCACCCCCAAGACCUCACAGGAACCUGCCCCGAUCUCUGCCUCCUCCCCCUCUCCACUACCUGUCUCCUGAUGUAUAGAACCCAUUGCUGAACGGUUUGAUGGAGAGUUGUAACCAGUUUAAUGUCAGCAGGAACAGUAGUAAUAAGUGGAGGACUUCUCGCCACAGUCAUCCUGCUCUGCAUUGUAGCAGUGCUGUGCUACUGCAGGCUCCAGUACUACUGCUGUAAGAAAAAUGAGUCGGAGGUGGACUUUGCUUCCAUGGCUGGAGGUGGUGACAGAACGGGAGGAGGAGAAGGGGAUGCUCAAGGGGAGGUUCAGGCUCACUUUGCCUGCAAUGCCUGCAGCGCCCCUGGGAUGGACAGCCUGGCUGUCACCCCUCUAUGCCUGGAGCCCCUGGAGGUGGGCCCUCCCCCCAACUACUGCCCCACCUGCUCCCCCUUCUGGCUACGCCCGGGACUUAGUGACGAGCUGCACAACGGAACCGAGCGGCUGGGAUUCCAUACGUAUCACUAUGACAACCCCGGACUGUGUCAAUCACUGCCCCUGUCAGACACGCCGCAGGAGCCCUUCUUUUUGACCCAGCCCGGCCAAUCCCCUUUGAGCUACUAUAGCCCCGUUGACACCUACCCUAACACACCCUGCAGUAACAGACGCCCCUACAGCACACCGGUUUAACACACAUGGACACACACACACACACACACACACACACACACACACACACACUGACGUCACACACGCACUCAUAAAAACACUCCUUCUCCCAGGGGAAAGAGACCCAGAGACAUCUAGAGUAUCACCCAUCCAGGGGAGAGAGACACACACUGAACCCACAGACGGAGCAUCCUGAUCGGGACAGAACUACAUACGGACCCUUGUCUGGUGCAGCGGUGUGGAGGUCUGGUCAUCUGGUAACCCAUACAGUGGAGGAGAUGUUGGGUUUGACUAUGGGAGAUUACUACAGAUGAUGGGAGAAGAUAGACGAGAGCAGCAACACACUGUUGUUUCUCUCUCUUUCUCUCGAUCUGUCUUUCUCUCCCUCCUUUUCCAUCAUUUUCCAUCAUCUCUCUCCUCUGCCUGAAACCUGAUAAUGUGAACGAGGUGACUGACAUGAGGGCUAUAUGUGUUUUCAUUGUAAGUUUGUAAGAUUUUUUUUCUUCCAGAGUUUAAAGGAGCAGUAUGUCCCUGGUUGACCCUUAGAAAAAAAAAAACAUUUGCAGUUUUACAUGUGAUUUAAAAAUAUAUAUAUAUUGUAAGGGGAUAUCCGGAUGCAUUAAAUAUAAUCCUGGCUAAAACAAUACAAACACACAAACAUUUUAGCCAAUGAGGGCAUCUGUUUGUCCAAUUCUAUGAUGUUUCACUUAGCCCUUACCCUUCAGUCCUUCAAAACAGAGAUUCUGUACACUUACUAAAAGAUGUUCAUCAUGAUACUGUUGAUAAUAUAGACUAGUAUUGAUAAAAAAGAUUUGACUGUUUUCACACAAUGCACUUUUCUCACAGGGUGCGUCCCAAAUUGCAUUGUAUUCCCUAUAUAGUACACUACUUUUGACCAGGACCCAUAUGGGUCUGGUCAAAAGUAGUGCACUAUCUAGGGAACAGGAUGCCAUUUUCGACAAAGCCAUAGUCUUCACAUCUUAGUCUUCCUCACUUCUCGUCCUUUUGUGAUUCUUUGUUAGAGAGUUGAUGGGGAAAUGGACAUCUGUCUGUUCAUGUGUUGAUUUACUGACAAUAACACUCAAAGUUUGUGUUCACUGCUAUGUAGUCACACACUCACACAAAGACACUGCUUGCUGCCUGUAGUCUGCCAAUGAAGGUAACUCUAAUAUUGAAUUCACUAAUUCUAUAAUAUAUUUAUUUUUUCUAUUAAAGGUGGACUCUGAAAAAUGACAUCAUCAUACACAGCAGGGCAACUUCCUGCCUACAGACAAUUUGCACUGUUCAUUGACACAUGCCCAUAUUGGGAAGAGCCAGUGACAGAUUUGAAUUUUGUUGUUGAUGAUGUCUCUAAACAGGAAGUUGACCCGCGGUGUACGAUGAUGUCAUGUAGCUCAGUCUCCCUUUAAAAUGAACUCUCUGAAGAUGAAUUCCACGUUUAA